AUGAGCCCAUACAAAUUUCUGAUCCUGGCAUUCGCAUUGGUUGGGACGAUGCAACCAAGCGCAGCAAAGAACGAGACUCUCUCAGACAGGUUGGUCAUUGACCUGAUGGCAGACUAUGGGACGACGUUUCUGACGGUUCCCGGCGCGCUCAACCCGGGAGCAUGGGUGUGUUAUAACAUGACUCUUGACGUGCCCACGCUGCGAAAGAUCGUCUUCUACGAGAAACCCAAAAUCUUUGCCAGGCUCGAGCCAUGCUCCGGCUACCCAAGACUGUCAGCUUCUGUCUAUGGAUGCCCCAGUCUCGGGUACCGCAAAGUUUGGGAGUACUACUCCGAGGCCAUGAAGGUUCAGCUACAAAGCACCGGACAGAUGCUGCAGGCAGACUGGGAGUGGCAGGGAGAUGUGCAGUCCCUUGCCAUUGAUGCAACCCAUCGCAACUACUUCUUCGAGGUGAACAACCCGCUGGGCUCAGGAUUUUCCGCCUUCAAGAUCAGCUUUCACAAUUUUGACGCUGAAAUAAUGACCCAACAAGAUCUGUAUCCUAUAAAGAACAUGAAGAACUGGGACAAGAAUGUUGUCCGUGUGCAGCCUUCCUUGGCUGCUGGUCUAAUCUCUGGAGGGCAAGUGCUGGAUGCAAACACCGCAAGGCAGGUUCCAAUGAAUGUCACUGUACAAUGGUAUCCUCCGGGUUUGAAUGGAACCAAGCAAAACGUAACUUCAACUCCCACUGAUGGCACAACGGUGUUGUCUACAGCAACGACGACAACACAAACGGCAACAGCGAGCAAUCUUUCCAACACCUCAACUCAACCGGCAGAAACUGCUGCGAAACCUCCUUCCUCAUCCUCGGACUACUGGCUAGUGAAUUACGAGAAUCGAACCAUGAGCGUUCUGGACGUUGCAAAAUUGUAUGAGUAUGCAGUCUUCAUAGUGGAAAUAACAGAUCGAGUCGGCAGAGAUCCGAACUCAGUGGAUCCUGGAUCAUGUUGUGCAUCUCCACCUGCCAUUCAGAAUGCGAUCAAUCCUUCUUGCCCUAUCCUUGUACGUGACAUCGAUGGUUAUGCGCAGUCAGGUCCAUGCCGAUCGAAUCAAUACGAUUACACCAGUUGCGCCUACGACUCUUGUUCAGACGGCAAUGGAGGCAAUCUGCGCAAGAAAGUAUCAAAGGGAAAUUGUGUUUCGUGUCCAGACAGCUAUCCGGACUGCCCGAGAGAGUUUACAACCUUCUGCGACUCCCUGACUUACAACGUGUCAAAGCUCAAGACGGCGAUGAAUCAGACGAAUGUCACCUGGGAUGCGCACGUGAAGAAUGCCUCCUACUACACGAUCUGGACGCAGUGCGGCCUUGAAAUGCAGGCAGGCAAAGUGAAUGAAAAUGGAGAAUACACUGCAGAAACUGCCCGGAAGCGCCGGAUCGCGAAGAACCUCAAAGUUCCACGAGAGUUCGCUCCCCUUAAGAUCACUCCGGAAUCCACAGUGUUCAACCUUGUGAGCCUGGACGAGUGGGCCUUGUACCUGGCGAGCCAAAUCAAGAUCUCCACCAACUCCAGCACGUACUUAGGAGACAGAGACAUGAUCUGGAUUGCGGUAGAGGACAUCAUCGUAGACUCCAAUGGAACGACCCGACCAGCUCUGACGGUGCUGAGCAGUGGAGCAAUACAGUUCGGGAUCAACGGUUUGAAUCAAAGUAACAACAACGUGUAUGCUAUCAAUGUAAUCUCCCGCAGAAAAGCAACAGGGGAAGCGGCGGUCCACAAGUUCAUGACGAUGCAACUGAAAUCACCAAGAUACGAAUUCCCCAAGAUCGACAAACAAAACAGGAUGCUCUUCUUCAUCGUCGGAGCUUCCAUCGUCGGAGGAGUGCUGUUCUUCGUCCUUGCAGCUGUCAUCGUUCACAAACUUCGCAAGAACAAGAUUGAAAAAGAGAAGGAGCGAAUUGCUGCGAACUCAAAAUCUUUAACCACGGAGAUGGUCUUGUCCAAAAAGGAAGUUUGA